AUGCCUCAUUCUCAUCACUCCCACUCAGGCCAGUUCUGCAAACAUGCAUCCGGGCUCUUGGAGGAUGUCGUGCUCACCGCACUCAGCAAAGGUUUUGUGCUUUAUGGUCUCACAGAACAUGUUCCUCGCUAUAGAUUGGAUGAUCUCUACCCAGAAGAGGAUGGUUUGUCGCUUGAUGUCCUCUUGAAGCAAUUCGAAGACUUUCUCGAUGAAGCACACCGUCUUAAAACUGCCUAUGCUUCUCGCAUAACCCUUUUAGUUGGGCUCGAGACCGAAUUUAUCACCCCCACUGAUCUCGACCAUCUCGAUGAUCUUCUGAAACGUACUGCGGGGCGUGUUGAUUAUGUCGUGGGUUCUCUGCAUCAUGUCAAUUCCAUUCCCAUCGACUUCGAUCGCACUACAUUUCAAAAUGCGCUAUUCAGUUUUUCGGUAGAGAAUCAGGCCCAAGGUCUACAUGCUGCAACCGACCAAAUGGAUAGCUUUCUCUCCGCUUACUUUGAUUCUCAAUAUGAGCUCUUCAAGCGCUGUCAACCGGAAAUUAUAGGUCACAUCGAUCUAUGCCGUCUCUAUGAUCCAUUGAUACAGUUCAAGGAUUAUCCUUCAGCCUGGUCCAAGCUGGAAAGGAAUGUUCUAUUCGCCAUCGGCUAUGGCGCUUUAUUCGAAGUUAACGCGGCUGCAUUAAAAAAGGGCUGGAAGACUGCAUAUCCAGGGGAAGAUGUCCUAGAGCUCAUUAUCCAACACGGAGGUCGAUUUGCCCUCUCCGACGAUAGCCACGGUCCUCAGUCCGUGGGGUUGAAUUAUAAUCGCAUGGCAACAUAUCUGCGACAAAUGGGAGUUACGGAGAUCUGGUAUCUUCAGCAGUCUUUGGCACCUAAUGCAGCAGGCCGACAUGUUUCCGCCGUCAAGACCGGCGGAUAUUGGUGGGAACACCAAUUUUGGGCAGAAGAGUGGUUGAGAGCAUGAGUGCGACGUUUCUGCUGCAGAAAGAGUAUCUUGGAUUGUUAAACUCGACCUGCCUUUCCGGCUCUAGUCUCGAUUUAUGCCCCAAAGGAAGGCCAUGUACUAGUACGUCCAACAUUUCCAACCAAGUCAAACAUUAAUGAGCCUGUUACAUUGAUGUCAGUUUCAGUCCGUGGCUUGCGCUAAUUAUACUGAUGUGUCCAUGAUGUGCGUGUUGUGGUCCAAUGACCGUUUACUGGCUCCCCCCUUCAUUAGUAACCCCGCUUUUGAUCUACCUUGGAGUAAUUGGCUUUCUGUACCCUUCCGUCCCCUUAUGAUUUGUUUUGGCUGGCCGAAGCCUCGGGACGUGUGUGGAGAGAGAAGCCACGCAUCGUCAGGUACCUCGCUCAAGAAUGUCAACCUUAACGCAACGUCUUUCUAGCGAACUUAUUACCGCGAUUUCUCUAUGAUUUCUCAAAUACAUGAGGGUUUAGUCGUUCUUUGGCACUCUGGGAAAAGGCACUUAAAACUAAAAUUGCAUUUCGCUCUUACCGUCGAUGACAUAAACGAGAGCGUUUCCACAUGCGACGUCUUAGAUCGACCACAUGUUCCAUGUGUUAUACUUCAUUUUUGGGCAGGUUGUCGAAAUCGGCAUAUGUUCGCCAACAAGAAGGAGUAUCAGAAGACGUGGCGAUGAUUCCUUGGAGGGCACGAGACGUAGCAUGGUCAGGUGGAGAUCCAAUAGACCAAUUGAGGUGAUCCUUUUCUUGAAAUAUUUAUGUACUAUCACAAUGCAUGUUUCCACGUUCAAGUUAUCAAUCAGUGAAGGAUUGGAACCAAAUCUUAUUCAAUCGACUUCUGUCGCCUUUGUGGAGUUGAGGGAGUUCAGCGCGCUAUAAGCCACUAAAUCCGGAGCCCUUCACACUUCAGUUUCUAUGAAUCCUAUUAUCCGGUAUGAGACAGCACCGUAAUUAAUGUGCUGUUUCUAGUCUGAUGAGUCUGCUCGGCUCUUCCCCACUUUUCAAGGCUACCCGGGUUCA